AUGGCGAUGGUGGUUGGAAGUACGGAGAACAAUGCGGUGGAUGAGAUACUGAAGCCACGUACGGACAAGAGAGAGUAUCGAAGGAUAGUUCUAAAAAAUUCUCUCCAAGUCUUGUUAAUCAGCGACCCAGAAACUGAUAAGUGUGCUGCUUCAAUGAACGUUAGCAUCGGUUCCUUCUCUAACCCAGAAGGAUUAGAAGGGCUAGCUCAUUUCCUUGAGCAUAUGCUAUUUUAUGCAAGUGAAAAAUACCCAGUGGAAGAUAGUUACUCCAAGUACAUCACAGAGCAUGGGGGGAGCAAAAAUGCGUAUACAUCUAGUGAAGAUACAAACUACCAUUUCGAUAUCAACACGGAUUCUUUUGAUGAGGCUUUAGACAGGUUUGCACAGUUCUUUAUCAAACCACUCAUGUCAGCUGAUGCCGUCAUGAGGGAGAUCAAAGCUGUCGACUCUGAGAAUAAGAAAAACUUGUUGACUGAUUCUAGGCGUAUGCGCCAGUUACAAAAGCAUCUAAGUAGAAAAGACCAUCCAUAUCACAAAUUUAGCACAGGGAACAUGGAUACUCUUCAUGUACGACCCGAAGCAAAAGGAAUAGAUAUAAAGAGUGAAUUAAUUAAAUUCUAUGAUGAACACUAUUCUGCCAACCUCAUGAAUCUAGUUGUUUAUGGGAAAGAAAGCCUUGAUAAAACUCAAUGUCUAGUGGAAGAGUUGUUCGAGAAAAUUCGGAACACCAACAAGGGUAUCCCUCGGUUUCCUGGUCAGCCGUGUACUCCGGACCAUUUGCAGGUUCUUGUGAAGGCUGUUCCUAUAAAGCAGGGUCACGGGCUUACUGUUUCAUGGCCUGUAACUCCUAGCAUCCACCAUUAUGAAGAGGCACCAUGCAGGUAUCUUGGUGAUCUCAUUGGUCAUGAAGGCGAAGGAAGUUUGUUUCAUGCCUUAAAAAUCAAGGGUUGRGCAACGGGACUGUAUGCUGGUGAAGGAGAGUGGACUACAGAGUAUUCUUUCUUCAAUGUUUCGAUUAGUCUUACUGAUGCUGGCCAUGAAUAUAUGGAAGAUGUUUUAGGGUUGUUGUUCAAACACAUUAAGCUUUUACAAAAGGAUGGUGUUUCCCAAUGGAUUUUUGAUGAGCUCUCAGCUAUCUGUGAGGCAGAAUUUCAUUAUCAAGCCAAAAUAGACCCAAUUUCUUAUGUUGUAGAUAUUUCAUCAAACAUGACGAUAUACCCGACCAAGCAUUGGCUCGUUGGAUCAUCACUGCCUUCAAAAUUUAAUGCAAAUACUAUACAAAAUGUUCUAAAUGAGCUUUCUCCUAGCAAUGUCCGAAUCUUUUGGAAAUCAAAUAAAUUUGAAGGGCAAACUGACAAGGUUGAGCCAUGGUAUAACACUGCUUAUUCGCUUGAAAAGAUAACCAUAUCCACCAUUCAGGAGUGGAUGGAGUCUGCCCCUGAUGUAAACUUGUCUCUACCAACGCCUAACGUUUUCAUCCCUACAGAUUUUUCAUUAAAGGAUGUUAAAGACAAGGACAUCUUUCCUGUUUUGUUGAGAAAGACAUCAUUCUCAAGAUUGUGGUACAAACCCGACACAAAGUUCUUCAAACCAAAGGCAUAUGCUAAGAUGGAUUUCAACUGCCCCCUUGCAGUUAGCUCUCCGGACGCUGUAGUUCUUUCCAAUAUAUUUGUAUGGUUGCUGGAGGACUAUUUGAAUGAAUAUGGUUAUUAUGCUCAGACUGGUGGUCUUAGCUAUGGAGUAAAUCUUUCGGACAAUGGUUUUCAGCUCUCUCUUAAUGGCUUUAAUCACAAAUUGAUGAUCUUGCUCGAAGCUGUCAUUCAAAAGAUAGCAAAAUUCGAAGUUAAACCUGAUAGGUUUCUAGUCAUCAAGGAAACGAUGACAAAGGCAUACCAAAAUUUCAAAUUCCGACAACCAUAUGAGCAAGCAACAAGUUACUGCUCAAUGGUAUUACAAGAUAACACUUGGCCUUGGACAGAAAAACUAGAUGCUCUUUCUCAUUUGGAAGCUGAAGACUUAGCGAAUUUCGUUCCAAUGCUAUUAUCGCGGACAUUUGUUGAGUGCUAUAUAGCAGGAAAUGUUGAGAAGAAUGAAGCUGAGUCAAUGGUCAAGCAUAUUGAAGAUGUUCUUUUUAACGAUCCAAAGCCUAUUUGUCGUCCGUUACUUCCCUCCCAGUUCCUAACAAGUAGGGUUUCACAGCUCGGAAUAGGAAUGAAAUACUUUUACCAUCAACAAGGCUCAAAUCCAAGUGAUGAAAACUCUGCUCUAGUUCAUUACAUUCAGAUUCAUCAAGAUGACUUUGCCAUGAAUAGUAAACUUCAUCUUUUCCGUCUCAUUGCAAAGCAAGCCACUUUUCACCAGCUUAGAACCGUCGAGCAACUUGGUUACAUCACUUCACUCUCUAUUUGCAACUACUCUGGUGUCAAGGGUGUAAUGUUCAUUAUCCAAUCUUCGGUUAAGGGUCCUGGACAUAUUGAUUCAAGGGUCGAGUCACUACUCAAGGAUCUUGAGACUAAGCUUUACAAGAUAAGUGAUGACGAAUUCAAGAGCAAUGUAACAGCUUUGAUAGACAUGAAGCUUGAGAAACACAAGAACUUGUAUGAGGAAUCUUGGUUUUACUGGGGAGAGAUUCAAAGUGGUACAUUCAAAUUCAACCGCGUAGAUGCAGAGGUGGCUGCACUGAGAGAGCUAAAGAAGGAAGAAUUAAUCAAUUUUUUCGACGAUUUCAUAAAGGUUGACGCACCGAAAAAGAAAUCAUUGAGCAUAUGUGUUUAUGGAAGCAAGCAUUUGAAGGAAAUGGCAUAUGACAAAGAGAAAGUGGUAUCACCAUUCAUAGAAAUCGACGACAUAGUCUGUUUCAGAAAAUCUCAGCCUCUUUACGGGUCGUUGAAAGGAUGUAGCCAGCUGAAACUGUGA